CCCGAUUCGGUACACAGAUCACAGUCGAAAAUCUGUAUUGAACUGCAGGACAGCGGGAUGUUGCUAUCGACUCCGUUUUACGGAACAUUCUACCACAAUGGUUACACCCCGAACCCAGAUGGACUGGGUUUGUCUGCUCUCCCAAUAUUGACUAAUAUGGUAAGAAUAGCCGCCCAGUAUAGCUCAAUGAGCCGAAAAGGCUGUCUAACCGGAUACACCGCUCCGUUCAUGAGUGUUUGGCGGCGUCUGCAGCGGAUCGGGAAGAAGGCUGCUAAAUUCCAGUUCACCAUAUGUUUUCAGGAGCUGAGCAUCGAAUGUCAUCCUCAGUAUGGGUGUAUUCGAUAUUUGUUUUUUCAUCUGCUGACUUCCUUGUUCGUGGUUCCACGUGAACAGAUCGGACGCAGUGGUGCCUCUGCCCGGUUAUCUGGACCGUCCGUUCGACGUCGUGUGUUGGCCACACGCCAGGUGGAAAUGUCCGAAUUCGCCUCAGCCAUCCCAACGCAGACCAGCUUGAAAGUCAACAUGCGUUUGGCGUCGAAAAAGCUGGUUGCGGCCACUCUAUUGAUCACACUACAUUCCAUGAUUGUCAAGGAAGGAGACGCCACUGACGAAGAUAUGAUCUCCUUGGCUUCUCUGAUGUCCUUGAGUAGGGCCGGCAGCUUUAGUGUUGGUAGUGGUCUGACCAUCAAUGACGUGGGCGGCAUCGGUGCGUGCUCUCCAAGCUUAUUUCGGUCUGCUAACGCGCAGCGUGUCCCUAGUCACUCAGUGGUAUCGUCUAACGAAGAUUCAUCCUUUCACGCCGAUCUAUCCGAACUCACAGCCAGGUUACAGGCGCUGGAGCGGGUGUCGGACCGGGAUGACUCGGCCACGGACUCCGACGCUGCCGGCCAGAAUCACACGUCGGGAGAUAAGCGCAUCAACUUCAAUCCAGUAUCCCAAGCAAACAAUACGGCACCCCCAGUCACCGCAUCCCAAUCCGCCUUUUCUUCAUCUGGCUCGGGCGCUCCAUCCGAUGCCGGCGCGGCGACAAACACAGGGUUGAAGACAACUUCCACCGCAAGCGGUCGUGACCUUCUCGCUUGGUGCCAAGACGUGACGCGAGCUUAUGCGUCAGUACACAUCACCGAUCUCACCACCUCGUUUCAAUCCGGGCUGGCAUUCUGCGCGCUUUUACAUCACUUUUAUCCAGACAAAAUCGAUUUCGAUCACCUCGUAGCCACUACUCCUGUUGACAACUGUCGAUUGGCGUUUGACGUGGCCUCCAAACUCGGUGUCCCUCGUGUGUUGGACCCGGCUGAGGUCACAUCUGCUUCGAAACCGCCAGAUUUACUCACUAUGAUGACGUAUUUGCAUCAGCUGCGGACCCACCUCACUGGAUCAAAGGCCAAGGAGGUUAAUUUGAACAAGGAUGCCAAUUGUAAUGAAAAGAGUUUGGAGAGCAAAGCGCUGCCUUCCUCAGCGGACCAACCUCUUCCUCCUGCUAAUCACGUGCCUUCAGGAGGCGGUGGUGGUGGCCACAUGCACACCCGCGACUCUGGAUGUACAGGUGACGGGCGCGUUAUGGCGGAGUCCCGAGUUCCAACCAGUCCCUCAAAACCUAAAUCGGUAUCCACGCUGCGGACCGAACACAUGUUGGCCAAAGCCCGCCUGCUAUUGCAGCAAACAAAGCAGCAGCAGCAUCUACCGCAGCCAUACACAGAUGCUCUACCCCCGUUGGCGAACUGUCGUAAACCACGACCUCUCUCAUCUGCUUCCCUCAAUUCUGCUUACCUCACGGAUAUUGAUGGGAAAUUCACAUCGUUCGAUAGAGAUGCGUGUGACUCCGCGAAACCGACGUCUUCACGGUACUCCUCCGCAAGCAAUUUGUGCCCCCCUCGUUCCCUCUGGGGCACCAUAUUUGUCCCCAACGGUGGUGUUCCGGCUACCACUGGCAACGUUUCACCGUCUCAUUGGUCCAACCCUUUGUCGCCCUCACGACCGGCUGCGACUCAGAACCCAAGCGAUAACCUGAAAAUUCGGAGACUGAGGCUCUCGCAGUUGAAUUUGUUCGCCUCCGGACGAGGCACUACCGCUCCAGUGCCAAUUCGCAUCGGUGAUCAUCGCUUUGAUUCGAAUGUUGGACAAACCAGUUUCCAGUUUGGAGCACUUGGAUCGGUGGAUGACACCUCUCCACACCGCUAUGCGAUGGUCAACUCCGAGCAUUCUGUGCGUGAUUCCGCCUACGUUGCAGAUGCAUCGCUGUCCAAUUAUCUGCGCAACGAACAAGCCGAGUUGGAUCGUGCGCAACAAGAGCUGGAUCAGGAAGCUGCCGCGCUGGAAAAACGUCUCCGAAUCCAAAUGGCCCGCGCUCCCGGAAGCGCCACUGAAGAACAACUGUUGAAACGGUGGUUUGUGCUAGUCAACCAGAAGAGCGCCCUCAUUCAUCGUGCACAUCAGCUAUCUAUCAUGGAAAAGGAGGAUGAUCUGAAAAAGAAAACGGAAAUGCUACAGGAAGAACUGCGUCGGAUCAUGUCAAUUGAAGACUCCUUGAAAACCGACAGUGACCGACGCCGAGAGGAGUUGCUCCUUGAAGAUCUUGUCAAUCUAGUCAACGAGCGCAAUGAUAUGAUCAAUGAGCUGGACGAACACGAACGAGCCCUCGCCGAAGAGAUGCGUUUGGACAGAUGUACAGCAGCAGUUGCCGAAUUUUCGCAUCGAGGACGAUCAGAGAAGUGCGUUAUCCAAUGACGUCGAACAAGUCGGUCUAGCGUCUGCCAAUUGAGAUGAAGCUCGUGUACAGCGGCACUCGUCUCCCACACCACAUCACUUUACUCUAUUCCAUCGCUUUUGUUUUACCUUUGAUUUUUUCUCCAUUGUUGUCGUUUGACUUCUCAUCAGAUAUUCACUUAUGCGCCAGUUAUCUCACGCUCAGGCCCCAGAACGAUCACACCUUCCAUCGACUUGUAAAAUAUAUACAUCAGCCUUCUAUGUGUGUGGUUGAGUGCGGCGAUUUCGGGCGUCCAGAAGUAGCACUUGUUUAAAGAACGAAACAAUCCAUUAGCACAUCAAUGCGUUACUAAGUACUCUCAUUUGGGUAACAGGAAUAACAUCUUUUGCAGUGUCCAUCUUUUUCAUUGGAGCAAUACGCUUUAUCAGUUGUCAAGACCCAGUCUUUAA